AUGGUGUUGUCACGUUCUCCAUCCCCAGAGUUCUCUCCUUUGGCAAUUGGAGAAGAUCUCACACCUCUGCCCGUUUACAAAGCAGCGUCCACUACGUCCGUCAACUUUUCCAACCUCCUCGAGCCUGCGCUACAACUCCAUGAAGAUCUCAAAUCCGGUUGUGGCGGGCAAUUAUGGCCAGCUGGAAUGGUCUUGGCCCAGCAUAUGCUGCGCUAUCAUAAGUCUUCGCUGAAAGAUGCAAGAAUUCUUGAGCUGGGUGCUGGCGGCGGCCUAGUUGGAUUAGGUGUUGCUAUUGGAUGCCAGGUCGACCACCCUAUAUAUAUUACAGACCAAGAAAAUAUGCUUCCGCUCAUGAUCCAAAAUAUCAAGCUGAAUGGUCUGGAGUCACGUGUUGUACCCGCGGUCUUGAACUGGGGGGAUCCACUACCACUGGAGGUCGUUGAACAGAAGCCCAAUGUAAUCUUGGCUGCCGACUGCGUUUAUUUCGAGCCGGCAUUUCCAUUACUCAUUGCUACUUUGGAAGAACUUUUCGGGCUUUGUGAGGAUGCGGUUGUGUACUUCUGCUUCAAGAAACGGAGAAAGGCAGACAUGCACUUCAUGAAGAAUGCGAGAAAGAAAUUCUUGGUGGAAGAGAUUGAGGAUAUCGACCGACCCACUUUUUCAAGGGAGGCUCUGUUCCUGUACACAUUCAAACGAAAACCAUGA